AGACGAAAAGAUGCAGAACCCGCAAGCCUUCUCCCGGCCAGCUUCAGUAAAAGAAGGAAGAAAGCACAGUGUUCUCUCCUUGAAAGACCAGGUCCCACUGAAGGCAAGCCCCAUUCCCGCCUUCCUCAUGUCGUGGACUUUCUCCUUGCUUAUCCUGCUGGGUCUCGGACUCGGGCUGGCACUGGGGGCGGUGGAGAGAGCCAGGUUCAAUGAGACAGCGCAGCACCCCGUCUUCUACGUCGAUUUGCCAGGCAGGCUUUUCUUCCAGGCGAUGAACAUGUUGGCGCCUUUCAUGGAGGUGUGCUCGGUGGCCGUAGCCGUCGCCAGGCUCGGACCUUCGCUAGUGGCCAAGGCCCUCAGCUGGAGCGCGCUGUUCUUGCUGACAACGCAGUGCACCGCGCACGUGUCCUCAUUUGCUCUCACUUCCGCUCUGCAGCCUGGACAGCAGGCACGACCGCUGCUCGUCAAGCUGCCCGUCAAGCCAACCUCCACGGACGUAGUGUACGAUGCCCUACUGGUCUUUCUCAGGAGCAUGUUUCCCAAGAGCAUCGUUGACGCCUUCAUAUUUACGUGGGGAGAGACAACCGUUGGCACGGCAGCUUACGAAGAGAUCGGCCCUGGUAUUAUGAAGGCUAUCCCCGGCUUCAACAGCUAUGGGCUCAUAAGCUUCUCCCUCCUGUUUGGCCUCGUCCUGGGAGAACGGUUCUGCGACGACGAAGACAUCGUAUUCGACAUCCUGGAGGGCUUCACAAGUGCGCUGCUGCGGAUCAGUCAGCUACUGGCAUGGACGGCGCCUAUUUCACUGGGCUCCAUCGCUAUGGCGUGGAUAUUUCGUGUGCCCGACAUUAGCGAGUUCUACGGCCAUCUGAGCUCCUUUAUAUGGGUCGUCCUCCUGGCCUUCCUCAUCCAGCUCUUCAUCGUGCUGCCUUGCAUCUACGGCUACGUAGGCAAAGUGGACGGCAGGAAAUUCAUUCGGCGAGUGUUCAACGCCAUGUUCAUCCCUCUGACCACCACUUCGAGCCAAGCGAGCGUGCCGCUGACGAUUGCCUACCUGGAGAGUUCAGAGCUGCUGGACAUUCGGCUGGUGCGCCUCCUAGUGCCAGUCUUCGCCUGUAUGCGCAAGGACGCCAGCGGGGCCGUACGGUUGUCGCUCACCCUCAGCGUGGUGCAGGCGCAACACGCACAGCUCACCGUCGCCCAGUCAAUCUUUCUCGUGUUCACCGCAAGCCUCGCUGGUAUUAUGGCUUACGGCUACCGUAUUGAAGAGGCGAACCUGAUCUCUCACCUGGUACUCAACAGCCUUCCCAUCAUGGAGCCCAAAGAUGUUCCAUUCGACCUCGCCGCCAUUUUACUCGACCCGCUGUUGUCCCUGAUGAACAUAGCCGGUGACUGCGUGGGAGUUGCGGUGGUGCAGAGCGUCAUGUACAGGGACCUCUCUGUCGAACCGAGCGGCCUCGGCGGCUUCGACGAGGCCCUGCCGACAGCGCACCCAGUGGCCGCUGUCACGUCCAGCGAAUGUGACGUCUCUUGCGAGCCGUACUUCCGCAGUCACCGAUUCCCGACUCCGAUGUCCAGUGAACAGGAUGACGUACCACAGCUUUUUGGUCCACCGGCAGCCAAAGAAUGGAUAAGCACACCGCCACCUGUUCAAGCUCCGACGCCCAAAGAACCGGAAACCUUGCCUUCGCCUGUUCAACCACCGACAACCCAUGAGCAGGACAACUUGUGCACGCAGUCAAGCGCUUUGGUAGCGGAGAGCAGGUGCCAGUCUCACACAUGACAUGUGUGAAUAGUGGAGUCAACUUGACCGCAUCUACUACUACCACAUAACCUGAUGCCUGUCUUCACGUCCGCAGUGAAUGUGAAACAUUCUACAAUACAUUUAUUGCCGCGUUUUCGAAAAAUAACCUAGUUGUAUUCAAAUGUGUGCUUCUUGUUUUCAAUAUUGCCAUGCGAAUUGGCAGUACCUGCGAACUGUGAAGUGGCGUCUGAGGCUGCGGUACUACCGCAUCUAUAUACACUACUGAAUGAAAAUAUAUGAUACUUCAUCCUUUGGAAUAUUAAUUACAUACUUUGAAAAGCCCCCAAAUGCUGUUUCAUUUUCUUUAAUGUCAAACAGAAUGGCAACCAGACAAUACCGUUUGUAGACCAAGGAGCACAAAUGCGCAGCAUUUUGCUGAGUGAAACUUCCAUGAACUUCGCAGUUUCCGUUCUGUUGAUUUCUUGAGCUCAUUGUUGCCUAUCUUUUCGUGUUUGUCUACCAGUGGAUGUGUGUGUGUGUUUUUCUUCGGCUUUGAGCUGUUGUU